CGCCCAGUCUUGCCGUCCGGCCGCCUCUAUUUAUCACCGGUCCAUCGUAUCAUAUCAUCUCUGUUUCGACGGAGAUUAAGCUGUUUAUUCUGCACUAGAUAGAUAGAUACAUAUAUAUAUAUAUAUAUAUAAUCAUGGGCGGCGACGAGCUCGCGCUCGAGAUCACCGUCCUCUCCGCCGAGUCCCUCCCCGACCCCUCCUCAUGCUCCUUCUCCUCCUCUUUCCUCCACCUCCUCUUCCCGCAACAACAGCGCCUCCGCCCCUACGCCGCCCUCUCCAUUUCCAAUUCCGAUGGCGACGGUGAUGAUGAUGUUUACCGGACCCGAAUCGACGAGGAGGGGGCGCAUAACCCUACGUGGGGCGACACGCUGCUCCUGCCCGUGGGUCCCGCCUUCCUCGGCGCCGACGCCGCCGUAAACCUCUCCGUGCUCUCCCAGAGCUGCUGCCGCGGCGCCGGCCCCGCGCUCCUCGGCUCCUGCCGAAUCCCCUCUGCCGACGUAUUCGACGGCCUCCGUCCGGCCUCCGCCCGCCGCCGCCUCAGCUACGCCCUCCGCUCCACCCCCCACCACCACCACCACCGCCGGCCCUGCGGCGUCGUCCACGUCGCCGUGCGCGCGCUCGGCCGCUGCGUGGACCAGCUCGCCCCGCCGCCGCUUCCACCGCCGCAGCUCGGGUGGGCCCGCGUGGCCGUCGGAAUCCCCGUGGCGGCGGGGGGACACGAGAUGGUGAGCGGUGGCAGCAGCAGAGAUGGGCGCUUUGCAUACGAAGAGAGUUUCCUCUGUCACAGUUAUUCUGUAUGAGAAUAAUAAUAUCUAAUCACUCUUUUAUUGUGCAUAAAUAUAAUAACGAAAGAGAGACCGUAAAUCUGAACCAAAGGGGUCGUAGUAUUACAGCCCUUAACCAACAAUUGUAAUCCUAACUCUAAUAAAGUUUAAACAAUGUUUGGAAAACAAAAAUGGUAUGGCUGCAACUAAAAUUUUUGUUGUACCUGUACGAUCAAAAAGUGGUUGUACAUCUGGUAUUGAUUGUAACUAAAAUUUUUUUUGCGAAGAUCAUGGACUACGUGAUUAUCAUUUUAUUUCUAGACUCUUGCCAUUCAAUAUGACAUUAAAAAAAUCAUUUUGA